GGCUCCAUUUUGGGAACUAGGGUUUCAGUGUCGUCAUGAAUCCUCUCACGCUUGUGAAGCGAAUUCAGAAGAUAAACUCAACCGAGGCUUCGCUUGGGAUCUCCGACGAGGCUUCAUGGCACGCCAAGUACAAGGAUUCCGCUUACGUCUUCGCCGGCGGCAUCCCCUACGACCUCACCGAAGGCGAUCUCCUCGCUGUUUUCGCCCAAUAUGGAGAGAUUGUUGAUGUUAAUCUUGUGAGAGAUAAGAGUAGUGGGAAGUCCAAAGGUUUUGCCUUUAUUGCAUAUGAGGACCAGAGGAGCACGAUCCUCGCUGUAGAUAAUCUAAAUGGGGCGAAGAUUCUUGGUCGAAUUAUAAGAGUGGAUCAUGUGAGUAACUACAAAAAGAAAGAGGAAGAGGAGGAAAAUGAUGAAGAGAGAGAGCGGAAGCGGGAGGCGCGUGGGGUCUGCCGUGCUUUUCAAAGAGGUGAAUGUAACAGGGGAGCUUCAUGCAAAUUUUCUCAUAAUGAACAGCGAAGUGCGAAUACUGGUUGGGGUCCCAAAGACAGCGAUUCCAGAUGGGAUAAUGAUAAGUAUGAAGGCCCUCCUAAGAGCCACAAGACUUUUGAUGAACAGAAGCCUAAUGCAACAUUUAAAGACCGACGGUCGUCUUUAUCUGCAAGAAAUGAAAAUGAAGAUAAUAGCAAGGAGAAACAAAGGGGACUGAGUUCUUUGAAGGAUCGUGAUAAACAAGGGUCGUACAAGAGUUUUGAAAAGCAAAGGCACGAAAGGGAUUCAGAUGAUGACAGACAUCGGCGAAGAACCGAGGAUCGCUCAAGAAGGCACAGACAUGAUUCAGAUCAUGAGGAUGAUCGAGGUAGAAGAGGAACUGAGAAGCAAUCACGGGAUUCACGGCAUGACAAGAACUCUCCACCCCCUCAUCGGGGAGAAGAUAGAGGACAUCAAAGGAGGAGAACAGAAAGGUAGAGUAAAUGUUUUACAAUGAACCAAAUCAUGCGAGAAAUUUCUGUUUCUAAUCAACUGCUACUCAUGUAUUCAUAUGUUUGAUUUUGGACAUUGAGUGGAUAAAUUAUCAUGUAUCUUGUUGAUCAUCAUCUCAUAUGAAAGUCUUGAAUCAUUUCGGAGAAUACCCAUAUUAAACUCUGGCUAUUCAAUGGGAAAAUGUGUGAAAUCAGAGUUACAUA